AUGCAGCACAGAGUCUCAGACUCGCAGAUCGGCACGCAUUUAGCCGCCAUAGUACAAAACAAAGAUUUCCUCGGAGAGCCCCUUUCUGGGGUCGCUAUGGACGAGACCACACUAAAUGCCGGGACCACUCCCCUUAGCUCUCGAGACGCUCUUCCUAACGAGCAUGGUGCUGGCCGACCAUUUAAUCAGCACUACUGCUAUUCUUCUUCUUCAAAUUCCGCCUGCUCCAAUUCUGACAUCGCAGCUGAGUCCGCCUCUGCCGUUGCCUACGGACUCGGCAUGGACUCCAUCCAACUCCCCGUAGCCUCCGUCGAGGUGCUUCGCUGCAUGCGAUGCGCCUGCUCCGUCGAGGCCACCUCCACCGACGACAUCGGUGCCAUGGGCAUGGUUCGCAUCGCCUAUAAUCUCUACUACUGCAAGCGCUGCGCUAAGAUAGCAGAAGUCCCGCUGGCCGGGAGUGCCGCGAUCGGGCUAGGCGAACCAGUAUCAAGAUAUGAUUCGAACAAAACGACGAGAUGA